CCUGUAGUGGUGGUGGUGGUGGUGGUGAUGGUAGGCGCUGAUCAAAGACAACUACGCAGAUAGAUUAUAAAGCAAGACGUGACAAAGAGUUGGCUUUCAGGACACACACCAGCAAGUUGACUCACACGACCCCAACAUUCCUGCUGGAGCCCCCCCUCCCCCCCCCAGGUGAAGGGUUCCCUCCAAGGUCAAGGUCUGGGGAGGGAGGGAGUGACCUCUGACCUUCAGCUGGUGGACACUGGUGGUUGUGUUGGCCAUUGUUAAUGUUAGAGUGUGUGGGGUGUGAGGCACUAUUACUUACCUGUGUUACUGUUACAGAGUGGUGGUGAUGGUGGCAGUGAUGUCGUGGUGGCAGUGAAGGAGCAGUAGCAGCAGCACCAUGGCCCGGGGCUGUGACAACACCAACAUGAACCACAACAACCCAACCCAGCAGCAGCACCUGGAGUGCGACGUGCCCACAAUCCAUAUCAAAGACGGAGGUGACGACGACGACGAGGACGACGACGACGCCCAGGUGUUCCUCCAACACCUGGGCACGAACUACGGCAUCACGGCCCGCUCCAAGACCAGCAGGAGGUCCAUUACUCUCAGCAAGGAAGAGUCGCGGGUCGGGUCGGCGGUGUCUACGGCGGUGUCGAGGCAGAAGUCGUCGCGUACACUGAUAGACGUCACCACGCGGCUGACGCAGGGCAACGAGGGCCAGCUCUACCGGCUCCUCUCAGCCAAGAGGAAUCACAUCCAGGAACUUAGCAGUGAUGUUAUUUUCCUCCACAACAGAAUCAAGGAACUGGAGGAACAGAACAGGUUGCUGGUGCGCAUGGGCAAGAGGCAGGAGGCGGCGCUCACCAGGUACCAAGACACCAAGAGCGAACUUCCUCAUAUCAUCGAGGCCCACAAGAUCGAGAUUAAUGUCCUACAGGAGAAACUUCGCAGGUCGACAGAGGUGAACCGUCGAAACGGCGAGAAGCUGAAAGUGACAGACUCUCGAGUGAACAAGCUCACAGAUGAACUGACCCGCCUGAGGGAACUGAGUCGCAAGAGGAAUCUUCCUGAGCGGGAGGAACUCAACAGGAAGCUGAGUGCUGCCGCCAAGGCACUCCAAGACAAGGAAAAAGAAUUAGAGGGAGCGCGACGCCGCCUGGCCGUGCUGGAGAAGUCGCUGAGGCAACAGGUGCAGGCGGAGGUGGGCAGACACAGAGCCACCGCCAAGAAGCUCUACACUCUCCAGUGUCAACACCACAAGGUCCUCGACACUCUUCUGGAGCGUGAGAGAGAGUUGGAGUCGCUGCAGCAGUACCGGCGGAGGAGUGAGGGAGCCGGUGAGAGCACCUCCACCACGGCUGCCUCCUCCCGCUCGCCCUCACUCUCAGCAAGACGCAAGUCUGGACGCAAGCACAGCAGCGAGUCCUCGGACACCAACACCUCUGGCAUUGUGUCAGCCAUUGAGGCCGCCUCCAGCGAGUCCCGCGCCUCGCUCACCCUAGAAGCGAGUGGUCGGCUGCCGCCAAUUAGCGCUGGGAGUCGAGGGAAGACAGAGGCGGGUGACCGCGCCUCGCUACGCGGCUCCCCAGAAGCACCAGCCCGCAGGCUCAGGCUACGGACACACUCCUCCACAAAUGAAGGAGUCGAGGAGAGACGCAGGGUAAGACGAAGCCGGCGCUCUCCAAGGUCGUGUAAAGAAGAAGGCUUCAUAAUCACCCCACUUGCCACUCCAACACCCAGCCCGGUCACCACGCCUGAACCUUCCGACCUCGGCUCACAACCUGACGCCAAUGCUGUGGAUGAUGGGGCAAGCCGCCCUGGUCAUACUGAUCACAGGCGACGACUGCGGUUGGCAGCAUCACUGCGGGAUGCUAGACGUAAUGUAAGCAAGGAGAUUGGUCACGAGAAGGACCUUGAUGACGAUCAAGGAAUACCAACUGGUGACAGGGAUUCAUCUGGUAAACGAGAAUUUUCUCUAAUAGAGAACUACCCACCUCGGGAACGCAUCACUCUUAACGGUGGCUCAAGUGGUGGUUCCGACAGUGGUAGUUGUACGUCCUCUCCUCCUACAAAAUCUGUCCCACAUCUCAAUGAUUCCAGCAUUCCUUCCCGCCUCUCACAACUAGACUCUCCCUUGCCUGCACGAGCAGUUCCAAAGAGAGAGAACACAGCCACAUCUGCUGAUCUUCGAACAUUUUCAAGUCUCUCCAAACUUGAUUCCAGCAGUUCACCGAAGCCAACACGAAGUGCUGUUACUCCAUGAGAUAAUAGGUUGUUAUUACAUUACUUUUAUUAUCCAAACAUCCUUUUGACAUUACUUAUUAUUGAGGUAUAUUCUGAUCUGAAACAUUAUUAAUUCGAAGGUUAUAAUCGAAGGAAAGAUUUCUUUAUACAGUAUUAACAUUGAACUGUGAGUAAUACAUUAUAAUGAGCCACUUUACUGUAUUAUAUGCUAAUGUAUGUAUAUAUGAGUGGAUGUGUAUAUUAGUGUAUGUGUAUACUAGGGUAGGUAUAUACUAAGGUAGGUGCAAAGUAAUAAGUUUUGUAUGACAAUAUAAUAAAAUAUAGUGCAUCCAGGAAAAUAAUUAACAAAUUUAAUACACUUUUAUAAUUGUUCCAGAUGAUAUUGUUAGGCAGUAAUAGUUUUUUUAAUUUAUCAGUCAUUUUCUAUGAACAUUUAGAACCAAUGAAUUUUAAUUUUGAUUUUAAUUGUAUAUAUUAAAUAUUGUUUGUAUUCAUUAAAACACAGUGUAAAGAAAUUAUCGAACAUACUACAGUUCUUAUUUCAUUUUUGUAGAUAGAGUAGAGUUGGACGUUUUUGAUUGAAGACGCGAGCAGUGUGGGGCAGCUAGAGGCGCUCAGUAUUACUGAUCCAUUUCCUUGGCACUCAAACCUCUCUCAGUUUGUAUGAUUCGUCUCCCCAGUUCUAUAUUGAAUUAGGGUUACUAAUUUUAUAGAACUCGUUAUAAUUUUCAUGGGUUCUAUUUAGAAUUAGGGAGCUAAUUUAAUAGAACCAAACUAUAUAAAUAAAUUUUUUUAUUAAA